AUGACCAAUCCAAGACAACGUAAAAAGCAAAGAAGAGUAACAAUAAAAAAAAAAAAAAGAAUUUCAAAAAAACAUCAACCUUUAUCUAUUAAUUUUGGCCCCAUUUUAUCUGAAAGCUGGGAUAAAAAAAAAACAUUGAAGGAGAAUUAUGCACAUUUAGGUCUCAUAGCAAAGCCUAAUAAUGAAAAAUGUAUUUUUGGAAAAAAAUAUAGUACCAAAACAUCUCUUUUGAAUAAAAAUGAUAACUCAAAAUUGCAACCUAACGAAGCACAAAUCCAAAGAGAUAAUGAAGGAAAUGUUAUUGAAAUUAUAUAUGGAAAACAACGAAAGUUUGACGAUACAUCAGAUAGCGAUAUAACAACAGAAGAAAUGGCUCCAAAAACAGAAGUUAUUCGAGAAUUAAAAGAAAAAGCAGAAAAAUCUACUAAAGUAGAUAGAAAAUUGUCUAAAAAUGAAACCAUUUUCCUAGAAAAAUUAAUCGAUCGCUAUGGUGAUGACAUUGAUGCCAUGACUAAAGAUAUAAAAUUAAAUGCAAUGCAACAAACAGCAGGUGAUCUUCGACGAAAAAUUAAAAAAUUAAAUAAAGAGAAAAAACAAAGUUAA